GCAGUCAUAAAAAAUACACAGAAGAAGACGAAGAGCUUGAAACGAAACAUUCUUUCGACUGUAUAAACUUCUGCAGCUCAACAUACGCAAAAUGACUUGUUUUAUGAAUUUCUUUACGUUUAUUUUCAAGGUAGUAACGUUGCCACUACAAUUAAUGGAAGUGGUUGGCAUAUAUGGCUUCUACAAGCGUUUCUUUCCAUUUCUAAUUUACAAGAUAUCUUUCACCUACAACAAGAAAAUGAACGACAAAAAGAAGGAUCUUUUCAGCAAUCUCUCAGAGUUCACCAAAGGCAAUGGCCCGCUUCGCAUUUUGGAGAUCGGUUGCGGAAGCGGGGCUAACUUUGAAUUCUACCCGUCUGGUUGCAAGGUGGUUUGCACCGACCCCAAUCCUCACUUCGAGAAGUAUCUACAAAAAAGUCUGGCUGUCAAUGAUCACCUAACAUUUGAAAGAUUUGUGGUCGCUUCCGGAGAGGACAUGGGGGCAGUGAAAGAUGACUCUGUGGACGUUGUCGUCUGUACGCUGGUGCUGUGUUCUGUCAACAACAUACCGCGAACAUUGCAGGAGGCGCAUCGCAUAUUGAGGCCUGGUGGUGCUCUGUACUUUUUAGAGCAUGUAGUGGCAGACCCAUCCUCUUGGACAUACUUCUUCCAGCACGUCCUCCAGCCGAUAUGGUACUACUUUGGGGAUGGAUGUGAAGUAGUCAGGGCGACAUGGAAACAUCUGGAGACUGCUGGGUUCUCCGAGCUCAAACUGAGGCACAUCGAGGCACCACUCAACUUCAUGAUCAAACCACAUAUUAUAGGCUAUGCUGUCAAGUAAAGUUUGACCGAAAAAGAAAUCAAAAAAGCACUUGCACAUCUGAGUUAUCUCGUUGCAAGUGUGUGGGGAAUAAUGUGAUGACGGUUUAAAGAAAAAAUAAACCCGCACAGUGCUCUUGCUUGUAUCACUUGUUCCUAUGCAGGCUUUAAUAUAAUACGUCAUAAGCAAGAGUGCGGGUUUCUCUUUUCUUUACAGUAAAGUUUGAUAGAAAUCUCUGGUCUUAGGCCUAUCCCAGCAACUGUUUAAAAAUAAUUGUUGACACUUAUGUAUUCAGUGUAAUUUUAUAACCCAUAUUUUACCAGGUAAGUUGACUCAGAACACGUUAUUAUUUAACUUGGGGAAUAGCUAUUGGGGAUGAAUGAGCCAAUUGGAAGCUAGGUAUGAUUAGAUGGCCAUGACAGUCAGAUUGGGAAUUUAGCCAGGACACUGGGGUUAACAUCACUGCUCUUACAAUAAGUGCCAUGGGAGUCAGGACACCUGUUUAACGUCCCAUCCAAAAGACCACACCCUACACAGGGCAAUGUCCGUAAUCGCUGCCCUGGAAAUUUUUAUUGACCAGAGGAUAGAGUGCCUACUACUGGCCCUCCAACACCACUUCCAGCAGCAACUGGUCUCC